AUGGAUUCGGAAAGGGGACCAGGCAAUGCGCCAGGCGUGCCCAAGAGCGACCGUGGUCUCAAAAUUGCCAUUAUUGCCGUGACCUUGAGCAGCAAGAUUGCUCAUAUCGCCACCGACAUCUUGACCCUUCCAUACAACCGCUUCUAUCAGCAAAACACCUUGCUACCGAUAUUAGCCAUCGCCAAAGCUGUUGAAGAUCGCGAAUCCGACGAGGAAAUUUCAGCACAACUGAAGCGAUGGCGAGAUCGAAAGUUGAGCGAAUUUCAGCUCGUUCAAGUUGCUAGCACCUUGAUUUCAGCUGCCGUCAUCGGUUGCUUUUCAUGGCCGCCUCCCGACUCAUUGCACUGGCUCAGCCCAGCAUUUUGGCACGCGAGCAUCUCCUUCUCCCUCUUCUCCAUCCUCCUCGCUGCCUCCGAGCAGUUCAUCUUUCAGACUCUUCAUCGAUCCCCGACGCCGCGUAAUGUUGACAAAGACCUCGCCAUGAUCCUUUAUAUACGUCGCAGCAGGACUGUCGAGCCCAUGCACUCGCCACUCGAGGAGGUGCCUCCCAUCCCGCAGAUCCGUGCCAUCAAGAUUAAGAAGAAGGGCGGGUGGAUCCCAAAGGAGAUGCCGUUUGUAGAGGUUCGGUGGAAUAUGAUCUUCACGUGGCAGGCGCCUAUGAUGUUAAUGGCCUACUCGGCCAUUUGCUUCCUCGGCGGAUUGACGGUGUACGUUUGCGCGCCAUUGUAUGACGGCCAGGGAUGGGUUGGAGCAAGCAAGGCCGCCGUGUUUUACCUCGUCAGCUUCUUUUUGUGUGGCAUCACUUUCAUCUGGUGCGCAUUUUGGGCAUAUCGGUUUGUCGACUUGGAGGAUCCCUAG